UAUACAUCGAGUUGUCGGCUGCCGCGAAAUUUGGUAUAUCGUUCGAGUUUUUGGUCACGUCUGUUUUACGGGAGAGUUACAUGUUUGUGGAUUAAAGCGUAUUUAAGACAUUCUGCAAAUGGAAAAUGGGAUUUAAAUAUAAAUAUUGCCUGUUAAUGUCCUUAAUUGGGAUUUUACCUGAGUUAAUUAAAGGACUGGAUAUCAAUGAAGGAGAAACAUUAACUCUCACAUGCCCGAGACCAUCCCAGACCCUGCCUGUAGUAUGGUUGGGUCCCCCGAACUUCAGCCGCUACUCACGAGGGCUACAAAUCGACAUAGACCUGCCGGCCGAGCUGGGCGACCGUCUCUUGGUUACCGGUGACCAUGGUAACGGCUACUACAACCUCCAGGUUGGCAACAUCCGUAAAGCAGACAGUGGAGACUACAUGUGUAAAAUUGGUUCCAGAGAGAUUCGAUCAGUAAACGUUCAAGUAAAAACACAAGAUGAAUUAGUGGUAUUUCUUGCUGAACAAAAUCAGGGUUUAUUUCCAUACAUUCUGAAUCUGGCCACUCGGGCGACCAUCGAAGCAAACGCCACAUGUGGACUAGCAAGGGCAGAGUAUUUCUGCAAGUUGGUGGAGCAUGUGGAUCUGAUGCCCCGCAUCUCCCACUGUGACUACUGUAACGCCCGUGAGAUCAGUCAGGCCCACCCGAUCACCAACGCCAUUGACGGGAGCAACCUGUGGUGGCAGAGUCCCUCCAUAAGCAAUGGGUGGGAGUACAACUACGUCACCAUAACGAUGGAUCUGGGUCUGAUAUAUCAAGUAGCGUAUGUGGUUGUCAAGGCAGCCAAUGCCCCCCGUCCUGGCAACUGGAUCCUGGAGAAGUCUGUGGACGGAAUAACAUUCAAGCCCUGGCAUUACUUCGCGAUUACCGACGAUGACUGUGCAAACAUCUACAAGGUGCCUGCGGUGGAAGGGAAACCAUCAUACGAUUAUUUGGCAGAUGAUGAAGUGCGCUGUACUUCCUACUUCUCUAAACUGAGUCCCUUUGAAAAUGGAGAGAUUUUUAUAUCGUUGACCAAUGGUCGUCCUGGAAUAUUUAAGCCCAGUAAAAUAUUGUUGGAUUUUACCUCAGCGCGGUAUGUGCGGCUACGCUUCCAGAAGAUUCGAACUCUCAACGCUGACCUGAUGAGUCUGAAGGCCCGUGAUCCUCGUAACCUUGACCCAUCGGUCACCAGGCGGUACUUCUACUCCAUCAAGGAUAUAUCUGUUGGAGGGCAGUGUAUCUGUUAUGGUCAUGCUACAGAGUGCCAGCGCAGAGGCAACACAGACAACCUUGCCUGUGUAUGCCAGCACAACACAUGUGGUACAAACUGCGAGAUUUGCUGUCCAUUGUACAACAACAAGCCUUGGGUGAGAGGUGGCAGCAAUGGUAACAACACUGAUGUCAACUGUGAAGCGUGCAACUGCCACGGUCACGCCAGCUCCUGUGUGUACAAUGCCACCGUGGACAACCUUGGCCUGUCCUUGAACAUGGCGGGAGAGUUGAAGGGAGGCGGUGUCUGCAUCAAUUGCACUGACUUCACUAUGGGUAUCAACUGUGAGCGUUGCCUGCCUGGGUACUUCCGUCCAUGGGGGGUGCCUCACAACUCACCACGCCCGUGUCGCCCGUGCAGCUGCCGGGCCUCUAUUGGCUCCACAGGGAUCUGUGUGGAGGAUGACAGCAGGAUGGACAAGGGGCUGAUGCCAGGGUCGUGCAUCUGCAAGACUGGUUUCAGUGGUCAGAACUGUGACCAAUGUGCGGUCGGUUACCAUAGUUACCCAAGGUGUGAGCCCUGCUCAUGCAGCACGGCUGGAACUGUGGACCCCAAGAUGUGUGAGGGGCGAUGUGUGUGCAAGCAAAAUGUGGAAGGCGCCAAUUGUGACCGCUGCAAGCCUGGUUUCUAUGACCUCCGUGCAGACAAUGCCCAGGGCUGCAGGCAGUGUUUCUGUUUUGGUAUCUCAUCGACCUGUCAGAGCGCUGGGUUAGGCUUGGUACAGAUUACUGAUAUGAGUUCCAACAUGGAUGGAUGGACAAUCAUCACGUUGAAUGAUGACUGGUUUUCCUAUUUCCCGACCCUGGUGGACGGCUGGUUGGAGUAUCGCACGUUCCCGGCUAGAGACCAGAACAUGCUGGAUCCUGGCGAUGGCAGCAGGCAGGAAGAUGUUAUCUACUACUGGCAAGCACCUCACAAGUACUAUGGAAACAGGCUGGCCUCCUAUGGUGGGUCCCUCAACUACAACAUCAAGUUCACUCUGGACACCUCGGCUCCAGUACAGACCCACCUGGCUGAGGCCAAUGUCAUCUUACAGGGUGCAAAUCUCACCAUAACAAACGGUCGCAGUUACAUUCGCGAGGACCAGGACAAUAAACGUUCAGUUGUCCUGGAUGAGACCAACUGGUUUGAACUGGACACAACCAAUGGCCGCUACAUCGGCUCCCAGCAUGUGUCCAGGAAGGAUUUCAUGCUGCUCUUGUUUGAUCUCAGGAGAAUACUGAUCAGGGCUACACACCACACUGCGCAGGACAAUGUCAUGUUGAAGAAUGUUCUUCUGGAUACCUCCAACGCUGGCUCAACAAACACUGCCACUAUCUCAGGGGUGGAGAAGUGUACCUGUCCUCGGGGUUACACUGGCCUGUCGUGUGAGAGCUGUGAUAUUGGAUGGCGGAGACUCAACAACAUUCUGUAUGGGGGCCAGUGUAUACCCUGCAAUUGUUAUGGCCACUCGAAGACAUGUGACCCCUAUACCGGCAGAUGUCUGAUGUGCACGGAUAACACUGAAGGAAACAACUGUGAAGUGUGCAGAGCUGGUUUCUAUGGUGAUCCAACUAGGGGCACGCCUGAUGACUGCAAGCCUUGUGGGUGUCCAUUGACCGAGCCAAGCAACAACUUUGCCUCUACAUGUGCUCUGUCACCAAAGUUUGACAACCCUGAUGCCUUCGUCUGUUUAGACUGUGCAGUUGGAUACACUGGGGAAAGAUGCGAAAGGUGUGAUCAUGGUUACUAUGGAUUCCCUGGCGUUCUUGGGGACAGGUGCCAACCCUGCAAGUGUAACGGCAACAUUAACCCCAACAUGGUGGGCAGUUGUGACCAGCUGACUGGUGACUGCAGGUUGUGUCUACACAACACAGAGGGGCCCAACUGUGGCCGCUGCAGAACUGGCUACUUUGGGACGGCCCGCAAUGGAGACUGUAAAUUAUGUAGCUGUGAUCCUUUUGGUUCUGUCAACAUGACGUGUAACCGUGACACUGGCUUUUGUACUUGCAAACCACAUUACACUGGACGACAGUGUGACAGAUGUGAGGCUGGCUAUGGUGACAUACAAAGUGGUUGUAAGGAAUGUAACUGUAGCCGCGUGGGUUCCAUUGACUACCGUUGCCACCCUGUAACCGGUCAAUGUGUUUGCCGCCCUGGCGUCACUGGUUUGACGUGUGACAGAUGUCAGACUGGGUUUUAUCGGUACUCAACUGGGGGCUGUACGGAUUGUAGAUGCUAUCGACUUGGAUCAAAUUCUACAGAAAUCUGCGAUCUUCGCAGUGGCGAAUGCAAUUGUCUCCCUUUUGUAAAAGGGGAGUUCUGCAAUUCUUGUGAGGAGAACUACUGGGGGUUGGAGUCUGGGAAGGGUUGUUCCCCUUGCAACUGCGAUCCCAUUGGUUCGUACUUCGCGCAGUGUGAAAGCCUGACUGGCCAGUGUAGGUGCAAACAAGGGGUCACCGGCCAACAGUGUGACACAUGUGUGGAAGGCUACUAUGGUCUUGUAUCUAAGGGAGAAUGCUUAGAGUGUAAACCGUGUGAGAAGCCUGGCCACAUCUGCCAUAUGGAGACUGGGGAGUGUGUGUGUCCACCAAACACAGAGGGCGAGCGGUGUGAGAGGUGUGUAGACACCUACUGGGGAUACCAUCCUAGACUUGGCUGCAAGGCUUGCAACUGUGAUGUGAAUGGCUCCGUGGACCAGGACUGUGACCCCCUGAAUGGCCAGUGCCUCUGUCGCGCAGACUACGCAGGAGUGAGAUGUAACAGCUGCCUGUUCGGCUUCUACAACUUCCCAGACUGCACCCUGUGUCUGUGCUCUGUGGAGGGGACAGAGCCCAGCAGCUGUAGCCCUUCAGGGGCCUGUAGUUGUCAGGAAAGUGAUGGGCAGUGUACCUGCAAGUCAAAUACUGGAGGUCGGACCUGCCAGCAGUGUGUAAACAGUUCUUUCUCCCUAGACCUCCACAAUCCCAAUGGCUGCACAGACUGCUUCUGCUUUGGACGUGCUGACACCUGCCGGCAAGCACAAUAUGUCUGGAUUAAGAAAGAGCUGCCAGACCAAGCGGUGACCUUCAGCAAUAAGGCCAACACUCGUGCCCUACCCCAGCAGCAUGGAUUCUAUGUGAUACCCUCGGGCCAGAGUUCAACUGCAGUGGUGGGCACCCAGGGUGAACCAGUCUACUGGAGGGUGCCAGGCAUCAAGGGUGAUAUGACACUGUCCUACAAUGGUGAGCUGUUCUUCACAUUGGAGCAGGUGAAUCACAAGGCUCCUCUGUCAGACCUGGAGGGUCUUGUGGACAAACCCCUGGUCAUAGUCCUGGGUUAUGGCAUACCUGUUGUUUAUAGGUCUGAUGUUCGGUGGUCAGCUGACAGAGGCUUGCAGUUCAGGGUGCGACUCCAUGAACACUACUGGCGCUCCAUGCAGAAUGGCCUCGUCUCGCGGCAGAUGAUGAUGGUGAUCCUACAGAAUGUCACGGACGUGUUAAUACGAGCAACCUGGGAUAACUCUGCCUUUGGUGCCAAACUGACUGGUAUGUCCAUAGACCAUGCUGUGGAUAAUGCUGCACUGCUUGGCCAGCCUGCUUUGGGGAUAGAGGAGUGCAAGUGUAGACCAGAAUACAUCGGUCUCUCAUGUCAGAAUCCUGCUGAGGGCUACUACCGAGUGCCAAAUGUGGGCCCUGUGGAUUUCACUGACCUCAUAGACAUUGUGGGCAGGGUGGAGCCAUGUGCUUGCAAUGGACAUAGUGACAAAUGUGACCCGGAGACUGGCAUCUGUAUUAACUGCACAGAGCACACCAUGGGAAAGCACUGUGAGUUGUGUGCAACAGGUUACUAUGGUGACCCAUCCAGCGGUGGCGCCUGUCAGAGAUGUGCCUGCCCACUAGAGGUGGACUCUAACAAUUUCAGUCCCACAUGUGUUAGAGUUGUGGAUGAUCUGGUGUGUACAGCUUGCAGAGAGGGAUAUGACGGCGCCAGGUGUCAGUAUUGUGCUGAGGGUUACUAUGGCGACCCCUCUACUCCUGGGGAGACGUGCAGAAGGUGUGGGUGUAACCCCGAGGGUUCAGUCACCCAGCAGUGUGACUACAACGGGGUGUGUACGUGCCUGCCUGGGAUCACAGGGCUCAAGUGUGACCAGUGUCAGCCCAUGCAUGCCGUCGUGCAGGGCCAGUGUGUGUCAUGUUACGAAGGCUGCACUCGAGAGCUGAUGCUGGACAUGGAUGACCUGGAGGCGGAGCUUAGGAAGCUCAAGUUUAACACAUCGAACGUGAAUGUAUCUGCCCCCUAUAGGAGGCUGCAGGACAUAAGGAACGAGACCAGAGUCCUGUCUGACAGACUUCAGGACUUGAAAUACGCUGAAAUAAUGAAUAUAACAAAACAGCUUGAGGAUUUGGAAAAACAGGUCUCUAAUACUGAUACUGAAUCGGAAACCAGUCUUGCCAUGGCAAACCAGAACAAGCAGCAUGGAGAGAAGUUGCUAAGAGACGGCAGACAGAUUGAAGACACCAUCGCAUUGCUCCAGAUGGAGGUGAAAGACCUGAUAGAUGACCUUGAGCAAACGGUAGCCAGUACCUUCCACAACCGGAGUGGUGUCAAUGUCACGGCGGCCCUAACAAGGGCCAGGCGUAUCCUGCGGGAAAUCAAGGCUCGUAACUUUACAGAUAUGGCCAUCAAGGCACGGAAGGAGCACAGAGUGGCUGCUUUCAAAGCUUUGAAACUGUGUAACCAUGAGGCCGAGUUGUUAUCCCAGAGGAUCCAUGGAAACCUUAUGCGCGUGACCAAUACCAGCGAUAUGGAUGCCAAGGUCAAAGCAUUUGAGGAUGCUGUAGGGGAUCUUCUAAACCAUGUUGAGUCAAGCAUCAAGAAUUCAGAGGACGUGGGCAAGAAAGCAGAUGAUCUUAGAGCAGCCAUUGCGAGAAUAAAACAAUACCUGGAUGAUACUGAAGCAUUAAGGAGCACACUGGAAAAUGGGACAGCAGAGGCUUCAAAACUUCUAGAAGAUGCCAAGUCAGACCUGAACAUGACAGAGGAAAACAUCAGGAACCUUGAAGAGCGACUGAGCACCCUUGAUGAUGCAGAGCGUAUACUCCGGGAGAAGGAAGAGGGGUUGAAGGCUGGCCUGCCUGGGGCUGCAGUCCUUGUGGACAAGGCUCGCUCUCACGCUGAUAACCUCACCAGGACUGCCGAGAACCUGCAAAAGCUGUUUGAGAACAUCCGUUUAGCUGCUGCGGAUCCCAUGCGUGCUGCCAGGGUGUAUGAUGACAUAGUGAAGGCCAUUGCAGAGGCAGAGGUAGCUGCCAAGAAGGCUAUGGACGACGCUCAGAAUGCCACUGGAAUGCUUGACUUUGAUGUCAUAAAGAGCCAGGUGGCUAAUUCACUUGCACUGAGCAAGAAACUGAGGGAGCGAGCAGACAACAUUACCAAGAAUGGAAUAGCAGGACUUGAUGAGGACCUGUUGAGGGUAAAAGACAACCUGCAGGGCAUCAACGACACCCAAAAAGACAUCAAAGAGAGGCAUGAUGUUAUUGUUGGAGAGAUAGACGACCUAGAUACUAACAUAGUGGACAGGCUCUCUGACAUCCAGUCCUCACUAGCGGGAACAGAGAGGGCCUCCAAGCAGGUAAAAGACAACACAGACAAGAUAGUGGACAAGGUGAACAAUGACAUGAUGCCCAAGAUCAGGGAACUUGAGGGCAUUGUUGGAGGAAACUUCAAUGACAUCUACAAUACUAUGGCCAAUGUUAAAAGCAACAUCAGCACUAUUCAGAGCAUCUCAGAAGGGCUUGAUCGCCGCAUCAGCCAGAGCCAGCGUCUGAGGUCCGACCUGCAUGAAAAACUGAGCAAGCUGAAACAGAGCAUUCAGGAGGCCAGGGAGGAGGCAAACAAGGUGAAAACUUCCCUCAGCGCUGAUGGUAAGUGCGUGAAGAAGCUCCGUCCAAUGACCCAACCCGGUACCAUCAACUCCAUCAGGUUUGCCUUCAAGACGAGUAGGCCGGGUCAGGACAUGAUGAUGGUGCUGCUACAGAAUCAAGGCAUCAGCAACGGUGACACGGAGAAGGAGUUCCUAGCGGUAGAAUUGCGUGAUGGUAGAGUGCGCUUCACAUGGAAUGUGGGUGGUGGUAUUGGCGUGGUUACAGAUAACAAGAAGGUUGUCUCUGAGGUAUCCACUAUCAAAGAAUCAGAGAAAUGGUACAGAGUAAAGGCUGAAAGGAUUGGCGGCCUGGGUCGUCUCACAGUUCACCGCCUGUCUGACACAGCUGGGGCCCCCAUCACCAACACCUCCACCGUAGGCUUUUCUUUGAUGGGCCUCGACGACACCACAGACAUCUUCGUAUCUGGGGUGCCCCAGGGUGUGAUUGUAUACCCCAGUCUCACUAGCAGAAACUUCUCCGGCUGUAUGGGCGACAUGCAUAUAGACGAGACUCUUGUCGGACUCUUUAACUUUGAGAGGAACACCAUGGACUCCUGUAGUGCUUGUCUUGAAGUCCCCUCCCAGCCUCCUGCUGCCAAUGUGUACUCAUUUGAUGGAACAGGAUACGCAGUGACAGACAAGAACAGAUUUCUCUCCCCUCUCAUUGCCAAUAUUAUUCUAGACUUUAAGACUUACUGGGAUAAUGCUUCCCUCUUCUUUGUGGGCAAUCCUCAAACAUCUGAAUUCAUGGCAAUAGAGCUGGAGAAUGGCUUUGUGGUAUUCAAGUACUACCUGGGCCAGGGGUCCUAUGGGCGUAUCCAGUCUGAGAUGAAGUACAACCGCAACCAAUGGGUGUCAGUGGCCGCUGCACGCAGUGGUCUCCUUGGUAGAGAUAUGUCUGUGCUGGAGGUCUCCAAAGUUGAGAGUCUGAUCACCCAGGGUAACCCAGGCGACCAUUUACUGAAUGUCUCCAUGAAUGACCUCUUCUUUGGAGGAAUUCCACCUUCCGUUAAUUUGGAUAUUUACAGAAAAGGAUCUGGACACCAUGUGAGUGGGGACAGUUUUCUGGGCUGCAUGCGAAGUCUACAAUUGUCAAGUAACGCUGUCAACCUGUGGGAUGGCAAAUCUACAAUAGGAGUCUUGGAGGGAUGCAAAGAGAGUGGUCUGCGGUCCAUUGGUUUCUAUGGUAGCGGAUUUGCAGAGUACCAGGGAGUGAGCAUGAUCUCUUCUGAGUCUGAUCUCUCCAUCUCCUUCUCUACCACCGAGCCUGAUGGGCUGCUGCUACUGGCCAAGAAUGUCAAUGGAGAUAGUUAUUACUCACUGGCCUUGAAGGAUGGGUUAGUGUAUGGGAAAUUCAGUGGAGGUAGAAACCCUAUCUCAAUAAACUCCAAGGAGCGAUACAAUGACGGAAAGGUUCAUAAUGUGGCAGUCAGGAAAUUGGAUAGAAAGAUAGAAAUUUAUGUGGAUGACAAGGUGGUUGCCACAGGCAAUUUGGACAGACAAUUCCGGGACAUAGCAGUGAGGGAAGAUGGCGGCCUGUACCUAGGCGGUGUCCCAGAGGGCCUGAACGUGGACGAUCAAGCUGAGACCAGCAAGUCCCUUGAUGGAUGCCUAAGCGAUGUGGUCAUUAAUAGAGGCAUUCUGAACAUCAACCAGCCAAAGCAAUAUGACCGGGCGGACAUUGGCCGUUGUAAGCUCAUGGAAAUGCAGAACGACAGAAUGUUGGUAGAUCCUGAACCACCAUUGGCAAGUGAUGCACCAAGCAAUAUCAGAAUGUUGGAGGUGGAGCCCAUGUCCCGCAAGGUGAAGCCCACCAAAAACUCCCUGCAGGACAAAAUGGGAACCCCAACAUCAGGGCCUACACCUUGUGCCACAGUUGCCAGAAGUGUUGACUUCCAGGUCGAUGCCCUCACAUUCGGAGAGGCAGACAUGAGCUUUCAUCAGAUCAACACCAGCAAGAAAGAAAUACUCAGAAAAUUUGAAAUUAGUUUGGACUUCAGAACUUUCUACCAGAAUGGUCUUCUCAUCUAUCUUUCUAACUUGGACCACACAGAGUUUGUAGCAGCACAAAUAAAAGACCAUGUUCUUGUUCUAGUAUUAACUCGAAAUGACGAUAUUAAGGUAGUAACCGUGAAUACAAGCACAAGUUUGGCAGAUGGUCAGUGGCACAACGUGAAGGUUGAUAAGAACCUGCAGAGGAUAUCAGUGGUUGUCGAUGGCAAUGAGGAGAAUAUGGGCUCAAGAAAGAUUGCCAAGGUGUUGAAGGUGGAACCACCAUUGUUUAUCGGUGGAGUGCCAAGUAGCUUCAAACCUCUUCUCAAUGAAAAUGUGGUGGCACACAGUGUUCGAGGCUGUAUUCGUGGUCUUAAGAUAGAUGGGGACAGCAGGCCGUUCAGUGAGGCAACUCUCGCCAGUGGUGUUGAGAAGUGUUAUGCCAAGGUGGAGAAGGGAGCCUACUUCAACGGGGAAGCCUGGGGCUUGUAUGAUGACAAAUUCAGUGUAGGACAAAAAUUCAAAAUGGAGCUCGACUUUAGAACCAAUAAAGCAGAUGGUAUCCUUGUAAAUAUUACCAGUCAGAAUAUCAAGAAUUCCAUUGGACUUGAGAUCAGCAAGGGAAAGGUGAUAUUUACCGCUGUUAUUGCUGGGCAACAGUUCAGUUUAAAAUCCCAAAAUGGAUUCUGUGACAAUGUGUGGCACAAGGUCAAGGUAGGGAUGGAGAAGAGAACUAUCGCCAUGCAGGUGGAUGAUGGGGAGAUAUACCAGGACACUCUCGCAGGGGACAUCACUCUCAGCAAUCUGAGGGCCCCACUUUACCUAGGAGCAACGCCAGACGUUUUUGCAAAAGUAGCGUCCUCCAGACAUCGUGGUUACCAAGGAUGCAUGCGAGAUGUGAUCAUCAACAACAAACAGGUCAACUGGUUUGACCUUCAGAGGUCGUUCAGUCUACAGAAAACAGCCUGUCCAGUAGCAUAACAUCAGAUGCUGUGAUAAAUCUUCACAGUCUAUGGUUCUAAUAACUUUAAAUUGUAAGGUGUUUUAACAACAUAAACAGUAGGCAGCAGGUUCCUUUAUUGUUCUUAAAUGAUUUAAUUGUAACAUUUAAUGUGUCGUUUUUAGCAAAUGUUUACUUCAUUUUUACCAAAAGCUAUUUUUUUAUUAGGCAGUUUUAAAUUUUCAACUGUUUCCUAUUUUUCUAUUACUGUUGUUUGCAUCUUUGCAUAGUGUUUAUACACACAUUUGAGUCUAUGAAUGAAACAUUAUGUGAUAAUAAAUACUGAUAACCAGUUUUCUAUCAACAUACAGAUUUUUGGUGUUUAAUAAUAUAAUGGCUGUUAAAAUCAAAUGAUUUAAUGUGCGAAACACACACACACAAAAUAUGUAUUUAGCACAGCAUUUGUUGUUGUUUUUAAGGUAUUUUAUGAAGUUUUGUCCACCUUAUACGUUUGGACUUGGACUGUCUAAAUUUCAUAUCAAUAUUGUGAUUUACAGAAACAAGUAUGUAUAAUUGUCCGUGUUCUUUUAUUUUUUGCAAGCAAUCAUUAAGGAGAGUCGCAUUUUAGAGGGGGUUUGUUUAAAGUAUCCCUUGCUAUGCCAAAGAACUUUCAGGUUGUAUUUUCAAAUAUGAUCAUAAGAAAUAAGUACAUAAUAUUUUCAUGUACUUUGUUAACAUGGUUGGUUAUUGUAUAGUAUUGUCAUCAUGGUAAACUAGCAAAACGGGUCUAGAUCUGUAGACAUGGCUAAGUAGAGACUGGGGCCAAUACUGCAUUGAUUGCAUAUUUGGGAAUAAUUAAGAAACUAUUAUUGUACAAAUGAGUACUAUCCCAUUAUUAUGUUGAUACUUAAAUGUUGUUGUUUUCAUAAUUACAGGCAAGUGUAUUGUGAUAUUAUUCUUUGAGGAUGAAGCAUCUAUAAUAAUAAUGUGUAUUUGCUUAAGCAUUAGCGUAUAUUUGGUAAAUCCAAAAUCUUCUAUUUCACAGAAGGUAAUGGCUAAUUUUGAUGUGGUUUGUAAUGAAACCUCUUAAAGAUGCUACAUGCCAACUACAUGAACAUAUGUUCAUAUUGAUAGUCUCUGCUUAGCUAUGCCUCUAGUAGCUCACAAGUGCAAUUUCUCUCUUUCUAUUAUCAUGUUAUUAUACCCCCAUUACCAUUGGUAGUGGGGGCGGUAUAGGAGUCACUUUGUCGGUCGGUCAGCUUGUCCAGAAAAUUUCAUCCGAUCUGCACCAAAUUUGGUCAGAAGUUGUAUCUAGAUGAUGUCUAGGUCAAGUUUGAAUGUGGGUUAUGCCGGGUCAAAAACUAGGUAACGGGGUCAAUUAGUGCGUUUUAAACAGAAUGUUUGUUUGGACCAUAACUAUGUCAUUUAUCGUUGGAUUUUAAAAUGACUUGGUUCAUUUGUUCACCAUCAUGGGACGGUGUGCCAUGCAAAAGAAGUAUGUGGGUAUCUUAAAUAUGCGGGUCACACUCAGAGUUGCCCAUAAAUGAGCUUGUCAGGGGCUUGUCAGGGCCAUAACUUUGUCAUUUAUAGUGAGACUUUAAAAUCAUUUGGCACAUUUGUUCACCAUCAUUGAAUGGUGUGUCAUGCGAAAGAAUUACGUGGAUAUUUCCAAGGUCAAGGUCACACUUUGAGUUCAAAGGUCAAAAAUGACCACUGGGUCAUGUCAGGGCCAUAACUAUGUCGUUCAUUGUGAGAUUUUAAAAUCAUUUGGCACAUUUUUCACCAUCAUCGGACAGUGUGUCAUGCAAAAAAAUAACGUUAAUAUCUCCAAGGUCAAGGUCACACUUUGAGUUCAACGGUCAAAAAUGGCCAUUAGUGAGCUUGUCCGGGCCAUAACUAUAUCGUUCAUUGUGAGAUUUCAAAAUCAUUGGGCACAUUUGUUCACCAUCAUUGGACGGUGUGUCAUGCAACGUCAAGGUCACACUUUCAGUUCAAAGGUCACAAAUGGCCAUAGAUGAUCUUGUUUGUGCCAUAACUAUGUCAUUCAUUGUGAGAUUUGAAAGAUACUCGGUUCAUUUGUUCACAAUCAUUGGACGAUGUGUCAUGCAAAAGAAUUCAAGAGUUCAAAGGUCAAAAUGGCCAUAAAUGAUAAUUGCAUAAUUAGUCUUAAAAAUCGACAUACAUUAGCUUCUCUUGUUUUGUGAAGACAGCAUGCACGAUAUUCUCUGUCAAUGUGGGGGUAUAGGUCACGUCUGUGACAAAGCUCUAGUUGGCAAUGGCGGCAUACACAGCAAUCUCAAGAGGGAGCCUUGUUGUUAAAUGAACAUCUGAAAUAAAACUUGAGGAAUUGAUUUUAAAGUAAAUGAUUGUCGUUCUUGUCAAAAACAGAGUGACUGUGCUUUCGUGUGCCAAAAGUGUUGUAAUUUCGUCAUGAACCAGAUAUUUUGAUUAUUUACUUGUGGCGUUUGUUUUAGGUUUCAGUCACUUUCAAUGUGAUGUUUAUUCUCCCUGUUUUUAUGAAAUCAGUUAUUGGGUGCAGUUGGAGAAUGUUGAUAUGUUAUGUUUUAUGCAUGUAUGUUUUCACGGUUAAACAUUUACAUUUAAAAUUCCAGUGCAAACUGCAUGGUAUGAUGUACCUUUGUUGUGGCAUGCCAUGUAUUUAAUGUCAUUGUAAUUGUUAUUAGGAACAAGUUACAGUGUUUGAAUCUCUCAUUAUAUUGGGUACCAGUACUGGAGAAGUAGCCAUUUCCUUAAAGUUCCAAAGAUUUUCGUUUCGUCCGUUCGUUCUAGCCUCAAAUAAUGAGAACUUUUUGUUCAGUUUCUUACUAUUUGUGGUAAGGAUUUGUAUCGCCAUGCUGUACUUCAACAUGUUAUUAGACAAACAAGUGCCAGUAACCAGUGGCAUUGUUUUAAAACUAUUUUGCCCAUUGAUUGAUUGACAAGAGUAUGAUUUUAAAAAUGUUUUUACUAUCUUAUACACUCUGUAUGUCCGUAAUAAUAAAAAAUGUUUGUGAGGAUAAUAGUUCACAAAUGAAUUUGUAACUUGUAUUUCAAAUAAACAGGAACCACUUUUACCCACUCUUGCGCCCACCAAUCAAUUAAUAGUUGUAGUAGUUUUUCAGCAUUGCCAACCUAUUACAUGUAUAUCUUUCAUAUGUGAUAUUUAUUCUUAUGUAUAAAGAAUAUAAAUAUUUUUUGUAAAUUACUAUUUUAUAGAUGGUUUUUAUUCACUUAUUAGUUUCAUGUAUCAUGUGUAGAUAAUCAAUUAGAAGUACGUGUAGAUAUGCAAUUUUAGUGUACAUGACGUUUUUUAUCAUUUUCGUUGUUCUGGCUAAAAAUAUUGCUUUUUUAUACAAAUAUCUUCAUAGGUCUAUCAUCAUUAUUGCUUAGGUUGCUUUUGUAACUUAAAAACGAAAUUAUCAAAGUCGUUUACAUUUCCAAACACGAAAAAUCGAUUUCAUAUGAUAUGUUUUACAGAACACAUUCAAAAUCAAAACGCUAAUCGUUAUAAUUUCACAUUCAAUAAACAUGCAUGGUACAAUUA